AUGAAAAAAUUUCAGAUAGCUUUGCUCACUUUGGCACUUAUCGUAUACCAGUGCUAUUCUCAGAAUUAUGACAAGGAGAAUUUGAAGAAACUUACAGAGUAUCGUCAGCAACACAGGAAAACUGUGGACGGGCGUUUAUGUGCUGCAGCUUUUGUGCAAGAUGAUCAGACAUACACCGAUUGCACCAAAGCCACUGAUCCUAACGGAAUAACAGGAAGAGAAUGGUGUUAUGUGGAAGUUCAAUUAAUAGGGAAAGGAAAUAGAGAUUGGGAUUAUUGUAAAGGAUUAAUUAACUAUGAUGUUGUUAGGUCAAAGGCCCGAACAUUUUUUUUGGCAAAAUCAAAAGAAUUAAACAAUGCUGUUACAAAAUUGGAUGUAGAACAUAAGAAAUUAGAGGGAAUACAUGAAAAAUAUGAGGAAAUAUGUGGAAAUACAUCCGAGUUAUUAAAGAAAAAAAUUGAAGAAAUUAACGAUAUAGCAAAAAACUCAAGUAGAAAUAUAAAUAAAUUGCUACUUCAAGCAUCAUCCAUUGAUGAUAUAGAAAAGAAAAUGUAUGAACUGGAAGAUGAAGUGGGAAAAAAUAGAAAACCAUUUUUGGAAGACAAAAAGAAUUGUUCUAUAUUAAAAGCAUAUAGUAUUGAAGAUAAAGAUGGAUCAUUAAUUGGAAGCUAUUAUGAUAAUGCCUAUUUCUCAGGUUAUCCUAUUUCUAUUAAAAGUGAUAAAUAUAUAAAUUUUAUAUGGGAUACAGGUAUUCCUGUAGAAAAUAUUCCUUAUCAACAUUUUUCUGUUAGAUGGGAUGGUUUUUUAAAAAUUCCACAAACGGGUAAUUACAUAAUCACUGUUGAACACGACUGUGGAGUACGUAUAUUUUUAGAUGAUUCUCCUAUAAUAGUGGAUAACAUGCCUUAUCCUAAGGAAGAGGAAUCAGAAGAAGUAAGACCCAUAUCUAUUCUUCCAAUCUAUAAAAUAAAUGCUAAAGUGCACAAAAUAAAUUCUGAACAAUUAGGAUUAAUUGGAGGAAAGAAAUACAAGUUUCGUGUUGAAUAUUUCCAUCUAAGUAGUAUUAAACAUGAUUACCCUGACACUGCACAUAUUAUUUUGUAUUGGAAAUCUGAUAACAUAGUUGAAGAAAUUAUUCCAACUAAUUAUUUUUUUCAAGGGAAUGUAACAACUCCAUUACGAAUUACACAUUUAAAAGGUGAUGAAUAUGAAAUAAUGUUUCUUGAAAACGGGAUGUAUGCUUUUAUGGAUUCAGAAAAUUAUGUAGUUGCUGAUAUUCCAUCUGUUUAUGAAAAAUCAAGGUGCAUAAUUACAUCCCUUUCUAAUAACAAUAAAAGUAGCAUACAAUUUAGGAUAAACACAAAUAGCAUCAUCUUUGUCGCUAUACCAAAGGAUCUAAAGGAAAUUCCUCUAAACGAUGUAACAAAAAAAAAUUUUGAAAAUACGAAAGAAAUCUUAUCAAUUUAUCAGGUUAACCAAGAAAAUAAGACGAACGCAUCUGAACAAAGAAUAUAUAAUAUAUACUCAUCUGAAUAUUUCAACGGAGAUGUUAUUAUAAAUUUCACGAAACCAACACCAUUUCUUAUCUUUUUACAACAACAUGAAUUACAUUCCACAAAUAAUUGUAUAGGAUAUGUUCAGAUAGUUUCACUUACAAAUUCUGUACAUGUUAAUUCUUGUUAUACCUCAUCAUAUGAAUCUCAAAAAUUUGAUUGUAAUGCUGGAUUUAGUGGAAAUAAUGAAGACAAAGAAUAUUCAACAUGGAAAACGGCAUCUGAUAAAUCGCUAGGACAAUACUUAAGUGUGAACUUUAAAUACGAGAUAGAAAUUCAUUCAUUCACUUUUAGAACACUGUCUUCACUGGAAAAUCCAAUUACAGAAUUGACUUUAUAUUUUCCAAAUGUAAAAACACCUGAAAUAUUUGCAAUAUCUCCAGGGCAUCAUCACUACAAGAUUAAGAAUCCAAUAAAAACGAAAAGUGCAAAGGUGGUUAUAUCCAAAGUAAACGAUCCAAAACACCAGAGUGGUGGUAAUGUAUCUUUUUAUGGAAUCCCUUGUAUAGAUUCAAAACGUGAGCAAACAAAUGUUGAAAAAAAAAAACAAUCUGAAAUUAAUAUAUUUUUUACAAGUAAAAAUAUUAACAUGUCAUCAAAACCGUUGAAUUCGAUAAUUGAUAAUGGAAAAAAAAAAGAUCAAUAUGGAUAUUUUAAAUAUGGUUGGGAAAAAUUACCUACCCCCGUGGAAUAUGAAAAUCCGGAUAAAAAGGACCUCACUCAUGCAGGUAUUUCUUUCCGUCCUUUGGAAUGUAAAAAUAACAACGAUGUUUGUGAUGCUUCUAAUACAUGGUCAAUUGACUUGCUCCACAGCGGAACAUAUUACAUCGCAAUCGAAAUAGGAUCCCCAAUUGGUAGACAAGAACUAAAUUCUAUCAAAGUUAAUGGGGAUGUAUUUAUAAAUAAUAUGUUCUUAAAGCCUAAGCAGUACAGUAAAGUUACCUCUGAUAUCAUCAUCUCGGAAAAUAAAACCCUCCAGAUUUCCACUAGUACGAACACUGUUAUACAGUCUAUACAACUUUUAUUUCUGCACAAAUGA